CGCGCGCUCUCCAGCGCUUCUUCCGGGAGCGGGCGGCACGGCCGGGCUGCAGCCGGUGCGGUGCGUGGACGCCGGAGCGCGCGUAGAUGAGUUGUUCUGUGUUUAAAGAGUCUGGAGCAGAGGUUGGGGAGUGAAGCAGAAGAGCUGCCUCUCUGAGUUCCCUCUCACCGCAUUCAGGAAGUGAAAUCAGAUGGAUGCUGGUGAGUACCCCAUGGCAGCAGUUGCUUCGUUUCGUUGGGUCAGAGUGAACUAUAACUUGGAAGCCUUCUUUAGUAACUUCAUAGGUCAGUCCUGCUUCUGGGAUCCAACUCUGUAUUGUGGUUAAGAACUAUUUCACAUCAGACAGAGUGACUCAUAAGACAGAAUGAAGAGGAACAAUUUCUUUGCUGUGAAUACAGUUAUCCGGUCAUCACCAGCCGUGAAACAGCUGAGACUUGGGUUCAGCCCCUCCCUUGAGCAGACUCACAUGUACACUGUUCUUCAAGACUGGGGGAAUUUGCCUCACCAUGUAGUGUUACGAAUUUUUCAGUAUCUUCCUUUAAUAGAUCGGGCUCGAGCAUCUUCUGUAUGCAGAAGAUGGAAUGAAGUGUUUCAUAUUCCUGACCUCUGGAGAAAGUUUGAGUUUGAACUGAGCCAGUCAGCUACUUCAUAUUUUAAGUCUACUCAUCCUGAUCUCAUUCAGCAGAUCAUUAAAAAGCAUGCUGCACAUCUUCAGUAUGUCAGCUUCAAGGUUGAUAGUAGUACUGAAUCAGCAGAAACUGCCUGCAGUAUACUUUCUCAGCUAGUAAAUUGUUCUCUCCAGACUCUGGGACUGAUUUCAACAGCCAAGCCAAGUUUUAUGAAUGUGUCAAAGUCUCAUUUUGUAUCAGCACUUACAGUUGUGUUCAUCAACUCCAAAUCAUUAUCAUCAAUCAAAAUUGAAGACACACCAGUGGAUGACCCUUCACUGAAGAUCCUCGUGGCCAAUAAUAGUGACACUCUAAGGCUCCUAAAAAUGAGCAGCUGUCCUCAUGUUUCAUCUGAUGGAAUCCUCUGUGUGGCUGACCAGUGUCAAGGCCUUAGAGAACUGGCCUUGAAUUACUACAUUCUAAGUGAUGAACUCCUCCUAGCACUUUCAAGCGAGACUCAUGUUAAUCUCGAACAUCUUCGAAUUGAUGUUGUAAGUGAAAACCCUGGACAGGUGGAAUUUCAUUCUAUUAAAAAACACAGUUGGGAUGCGCUUAUUAAACACUCCCCAGGAGUUAAUGUUGUUAUGUACUUCUUUUUAUAUGAAGAAGAAUUUGAGACAUUCUUCAAAGAAGAAAACCCUGUUACUCACCUUUAUUUUGGUCGCUCUGUAAGCAAAGCAGUUCUGGGACGGAUAGGUCAUAACUGCCCACGACUAAUAGAGUUAGUGGUAUGUGCAAAUGGUCUUCAGCCGCUUGAUAGUGAACUUAUUUGUAUUGCUGAACACUGUAAAAACUUAACAGCUUUGGGCCUCAGUGAAUGUGAAGUUAGCUGUAGUGCGUUCAUUGAGUUUGUAAAAAUCUGUGGGAGAAGGCUCACCCAGCUCUCUAUCAUGGAAGAAGUUCUGAUCCCAGAUGACAGUUACAGCCUUGAAGAAAUUCAUACUGAAGUCUCUAAAUACCUGGGAAGGGUGUGGUUUCCUGAUGUGAUGCCCGUCUGGUAACCAGUUGCCAACCAGUCUGAUCUUUUUUUUUCUCAUUAAGAUUAGUUGCUUUCUACCUAUGGAAAUGUAAACUUUAAAUACCUUGCAGAAAUAUUUCAAGUAAAUAUUUUGUUUGUAAAUUGUUUUAGUGGCUGACUGCAGAAUAAUUUGAAAAAGUAUAAGAAAUUUGAAUUGCCAGAAGUGUUUUAGUAGAUGGCAGAGAUGGUAUGUUCAAUGGGAUGUUUGAUGGACUAAAAACUAUGGAUGGUUUCUAAGUAGAUUUCUAAGCCUUCCUUAAAGGCAUAC